AUGAUAUCCGUUCCCUUUGAAUUUCCACCUAUGGAUACUCUGGAAGGCGUUGAAAAUGGAAUUGAGGCGUUGGCAAAGGACACGGGGCCUUCCGAAUUCCAAAGAAAAAUAAAAAAACAAAAUAUCUCCCCUCCAUGCCGGCGCUGCGUUCUGGAGAUCUUCCGUGGUCGUGGGCAGCGGAAAUACAUGAUUCGGAAAGGGAUUCGCAUGGCAGAGGAUGUCAAGCACAUCAAAUGGGUCCUCUUCAAUUCUUUCUUAGAGAUUGAAGCUCCAGUAGACAAAACGUUGUCCAAAGAUGUGGGCAUUUAUCCAAUAGGUCCUCUAAUUCCUCCUGAGUUUUUCCAUAGCAGGACGGUCACGAAGGUCCUUCCAAGCUUCUGGAAAAAUGACACAGAAUGCUUACAGUGGUUAGAUAAACAGUGUGCUCACUCUGUGAUCUACAUAUCUUUUCGAAGUUUGGUAGUUCUGAGUGAAAAGCAAUUGGAAGAACUUGCUCUGGGAGUGGAGGCCACACAGAGACCGUUUCUAUGGAUUGUACGUUCUGAUCUAGUGAAAGCAAGCAAAGCUAUUUUACCUGCUGGUUUCUUGGAGCGAGUGAGAGAUAGGGGUUGCAUAGUUUCAUGGGUGCCACAAUUAGAGGUGUUAUCUCAUCCCUCCAUAGCUUGUUUUGUGACUCACUGUGGAUGGAAUUCCGUGCAGGAAAGCAUCACCAUGGGCGUGUCCAUGCUUUGUUGGCCUUACCAUGCAGACCAGUUUGUUAACCGCACGUAUGUUGUGGAUGUGUGGAAAUUGUGUCUGCCAUUGCAUGCGAAUAGCCAAAGAAUUAUAGAGCAGGGGGAGUUUGUGAAAGGUGUAGAGAUUUUACUGGAAUCGGAACAAGGCGUGGAGAUCAGAGAGGAAGCGAGAAAAUUGAAGAUAAUUGCUCGGGAUGCAAUCAAGGACGGGGGCUCCUCAUGGAAUAACUUUAAUCUAUUUGUCACAGCCAUGAAGCGACAACAAAAUGAAUGA